UUUAUGGUCUUGAGAAUGAGUCGGACCCAGUUUAACGACGGACAGAGCCACUUCCGUCUAACAUAUCAACACCGGAGUAACGUGUUGUCAUCAACCACGCUUGGAACUGUUGAAAUGCCGAAAGCACAGAAGAAGGGCAAGGCUCCUGAAAAAGUUGUCCAUCCGUUCAGUAGGAAAGCUGCAUAUCUUGCAAGAGAAGAGAUACGCCUGGAUAAAAAAGAGAGACAAAAACACGAGAAAGCAGGGCGGCUGAACAGUAUUGGGGAAAAACUGUUAUGGUUCCAGGGACAGUUGGAGACUGACAAGGCGACGUUCUCAAAAACAGAUGCUUGUGACAUUAUUGAAAGGUACCUGCACAGAUUUGACUCUGAGCUGGAACAGAUAGAGCUGGUGAAUGGAAUAAAAGGUCGCCAGGGUCGACUCCAUGGAGCCAGAGAAACAACCAUCAAACAGACAGUAGAGCGUGAGCGGGCAAUGUACGAGAGCAAUGGAUUCGAGAUCCCAGAUAUCAUCAAUGCAAAGAAUUUGAAGACAUUCAGAGCGUGGACCGGGGACCUGAAAAAGCUUCCUAACAUCAAGCUGCGGCAGGUUUCUAGUAAAGACAAAUUGAAGGAAGAUGAGAAGGCUGAAGAUGGAGAGGAAGACGACGCACACUGCCAGGAGGAUGAGGACGCUGCUACUAUGUCAGAGUCAGACUCGGACUGAGCUCUGUGGCAAAAACAGGACAAGCAGCCUUUUGAAACUGCCUUUUUACUGUGGUAUCGUAAUGCACCAAGUGGUGUACUAGUCGGCUUUUAAGGACUUCGGGUCGACACUACUCUGCCACCUUUCCAAUGUUUUCCAGCAGAUGGCGCCCAAGAAUCAUCCCAACAUGUGAGCAGAUAGAGCCGUCUCCCUUUCGGCCAUUUCGCUUAUUAACUUCACUCAGCCAUAAGACAGAAUCUAUUAUUGUUUAUUGCAGAUGUUUGCAUAAAUAAUAUUUUCAUACCCAAUUAGAAAUAGAAAAUACAUUUUGUUGACACAGAAAGUGGAUCUGUCAUUAUUAAUGUUCGAGUUCAAUUUUUUUCACAAUGAACGCAAUACAUAAGUUGCCUAAAUAAGUUGCAUCAAUCAACAGAGGCUGUUAUUCUUCAGAUAGGAAACACCGGGGAUAAGAACUGGAAACGUACAAUGGGUAACAUUAAAUAUAUGGCCUGGAAUACUGAAACUGAAUGUCACUGGCUACAUUUCAUCGUUACAUCUAUAUAAAAUAGUUGAGUUACAACUGGGGAUCUCCAGUUUAACAUCAGUACUUCUAUACUUGCACUGCAGUAGUGAUAAACCAACCGACUCCCCAUUUCCUAAAUUGUCUCUGCCUGUACCUCCAUUCCUGUGCUUCCUUCUGCUGUACUCUUCCUCUUGUUGGUGACUCAGUCAGAAGGUCAGGAUUAGCAUGAAGGAACAUGUCCACCACACCCAAUUAGACCCAAACCACGCCUUUUCUUUUUAAAUCAACCACCCUACGGAGGGCAGGGCUAUUUCAGUCAUUCUUUGGACUACAGGGUUUGGAACGGGGAGGAGCCUCAGACAGGCGCAACUGCGGCCUCCAGCGAUUGGUCAGAGUCCAUCUGCUCCUCUGGGACUUGCGCAGGGGAGGGUCCGACUGGGACCAC